AUGGCUGUGGACAUUGUCUCCGUGGGUCCCCUCUACCAAGGCCCUGAGAUCUCCAGAAUGAGGCUGCUGACAGCAGAGGCACCCAAAAAAUCAGCCUCCCCACUCAGAUCCUUUGCCCCCAUGAGGACCAAACUCACCACCAUCGAGACAAAGAGGAUCAUGUCCGUUUUGGAUGAGGCUAUCCACAAGGUGGAGCUGGUGACCCUGCUGUCAGAUGUGGCCGUCAAUCAAGCAGCUCUGGAGAAAAUGCUGGGGGAGGACACCCUGAGGGUAGUGAGUGAGCAUGAGGCCCUCUGCAGGACCCUCCUGGAUGCCGUCAGCAAUUUGAACGACCAAGAAAGGCAGUUAGAAGAGAUGGAGGACAUGGAGGACAAGCGGAUGCUCAGAGAACUGCUCCUUGCAGUGGAGAAGCAGAAAUCCAGCCUCUUUCCACUGAUGCAGCAGAUCAAAGACUCCACCAGGAACAUCCUGCGGCUCUUGCUCGCUAAGCCCCAGAUUACCCGGCUCUUGCAGCUGCAGAUGCUGGGCAGAAGCUCAGAAGCCCAGAGUUUUAUCAACAACCUGGUGGAACUCCGAAUUUUCCUGUUUGAGAAGCUGCUCACUAGCCCCAUGGAGGCCAGGGACAAGGCCCAAUUCAUACAGGAUAUCAGCAGGCGGGACAGGAGGAACCAGGAAGCCGUGGCAGCUCUGGAAAGUGAAUUGGCAGAAAGCAUCAAGAACAGGAAUGCUGAGGCUGAGUUAGAGGAGCUGGAUGCCAUCCACAAAGAGGAGAAGUUGCAGUUGGAGGAGCUGAGGCAGAAGCACGAAGUGCUGUUGAAGGAAUUCUCCCAGAUCCGCACGGAGCGGGAGAUCAUCUCCAAGAAGCGGAUGGAGGCAGAGGAGCAGCUGGUACUCAUGGUGCGGGCUGCCACGCUCAUCCAGGCCACGUGGAAGGGCUACUUGGUUCGCUCCCUGCUCAGGUCUAAGAAGAAAAAGCGGGGCAAGGGGGGCAAAGCCAAGGAAAAGGGCAAGGGCAAGAAGAAGGGCAAGAAAUGA